AAAAGCCUCAGUCUGAGCCAGGUUGGUGUAGCGAGCACAACAUAUUACGUGUGUAUCUUUCAACGUGCGCGUUUCAUUUUUGUUUGUAUCUUUUAAGCCGGGAAACUCUUUUGGUGUGUGUUUUUAGAGUUUUCCAUCUCUUCCGUUUGAUCGUCGCAUUCGUUGUUGUUGUCGGUUGUUCGGUAGCCCUCUGUGUGUGUCGGUGGCCAUUGUGCAAAACAGAAACAUGAGUUUAUGCUGAAAAUAAAAACAAAAUUGCCAAACAACUAAAUUAAAUCUUUUCAAUUUGCCAUCUCAAAAUUCUCAAUUUUAGAUUAAAAUUCAAAUAAGAAAAAAACCCAGAAAUUACAACAAAAAAUAAAGGCAAAUAUGGGCUCUUUCACACAUCAUCGCACCCUCUACACAUCACUGAGUAUAUUGUUAAUUGUUUUGUCAAUAGCGAAUGGUGCCCAAAUACCAACAAAAAAAGAUAUCUAUGCCGACGAUGAGGAACCCACAACAUCACAAAAACCCAUGGUCGAGCCGACGGUAAAAAUCAAAUGUUUAUCCGGUUCCAUGUUGAUUACCAUCAAAGAUGCACCCGUUAAUCAUGAGACUGGUCUAUUCAGUGGUAUGGUGUAUCCAAAGGGUUUGUCGAAAAACUCGACAUGCUUGACGGAAUAUAGAGACCACGAGGGAACCUUACGCUACAAAUUGCCAUUGCGCAGUUGUAACACCAUGCCUCAAGAGACGGACGAUGGUGGCAUUGAAUUCUUCAACACAAUUGUCCUACAGCCACAUUUGAAACUGAUAACCGAUGCUGGUCGUGGUUAUCAUGUACGCUGUUCGUAUAAGUCACGCGAUGCCGCCAUGAGUGGUAAAAAACCCCAUCACCACCAAAAGGUGGUAGGUGGUAAAUAUGCCCAAAAGCCACAAGCUCUGAAGAGUGCCGAAGCCGAUGGCACCGCUGGUGAUCGUCGUGGUUAUGGCAGAUCUCUGGAUAAAUAUCGUGCCAAUGGUGAUAAUUUCGAUGAAGAUGAUGUCUAUUUGCAAGAUGAAAAUGAUGCAGCCGCCGCCGGCAGCGAUGAUAGUGACAUGGAAAAUGAAAUACCCAUGCCUGGUUGUCACAUGAAAAUCUAUAAUGCCGAACAUCAUAUUGCGAAUGAUGUGAAAAUUGGAGAUCCUUUGACAUUGGUCAUCAACAUUGAUAAGCAGGAGACAUAUGGAUUGCAUGUGACCGAUUGUAUUGUGCGUGAUGGUUUGGGUUGGGGUGAACAGCGUUUGGUGGGAGAGGAUGGUUGUCCCAUGGAUAAUGAAAUUAUGGGCCAGUUCAAUUACACCUCUGACAGAUUGGCAGCCAAUGUCACAUUCCCGGCCCAUAAAUUUCCCUACACCACCUCGGUAUAUUAUCAAUGUAAUGUGAAGUUGUGCCCCCUGGUUGAUCCCGAAUGUCAAAUGGCUCCUCUUUGUGGAGGCAAACGACCCAAACGACAAGCCAAUAACGAUAACAAAGACGAGGAAGGUUCUCCAGCUACCAUUGAAGUCUUUUCUGGCCUAUAUGUUAAUGAAAAUGUGGAUAUAACAGAGGGUGAUGAUGAUUCUGUAUCAAAAGAGAGAACACUGGAGGAUGCCCUGUGUGUCUCCCAACGCACCUUUGCCAUUGCCAUAGCUAUAGCUGGCCUUAUUCUCAUGUUGGCCGUUGUAGCCGCCGUCCUGUGUAUAAUGGCCCGACGCAGCACCAAGACUGUAUCGAACUCGGGCAGCAGCAUUUACAGUGGUCCCUAUACAAACACAGCCUUCUCGCAUAGCAGUUAAGCAGCCACAUUCUUUGUCCUCUUCCAAAUUUAGUAAUAGAACAAGAACACAACAAUACAACUAAGGAUAAACAUCUGUGUAUGUUUUUGUAUUUAGGCUCCAAAAACCAACAAUUUGUCGACAAACAAAAAAUCUAAAAAUUCCAAAUUUUCUCCCUUAAAGGAACACUAAAAGUGUUUAAAAAACCAACAAACAUAAGUAAUGCUAAAAAAUUAAAAUAUUUUAUUUCCUCAAAACAAAAAAAAAAGAAGUCAAUAUUUUUUGUUCGCUUAGUUUAGAUGAUAAGUCACAAAACAAGUUUAGCUGCCUUCCAUAAACAAAAGAUGAUAAUUUUGAUUUAAACAACAAAAAACAAUCAAAUAUUUUUAAGUUUAGACUACUACAUAUAUAUAGACGCGAUAUACUUAUAUAUAAUUUAUAAAGAAAAAAGUCUAUAAAAUAAUUUUAAUAUUAAUUGAAAAGCAAGUCCUUUUUUUCGAUUAGAAAACUCAGCACUUAACUUAAAAAAGAUAUUACAGGGUUUUUUUUCUCAAGUAACUUUCUAUAGAAUAAAAGAAACUAAUAACAUUAAUAAUAAUAAUAAAAACCCUCUAAUAUCGCAGAGAUAUUUGGGGGAAGGGUAAAUAUUACCCCUGCCCCCCAAAAUCUCUGUUAAAUUUUUACACUAGAAAAAAAUGACAGCUUAAAGAGAAUCCUAACAAUGAAUACAACAACUAGCUAUGGUAUGUGGGUCUUAACUAAAUCUCUUCUCACACUUUGCUAACAAAUGAAAACCCUUUUUAACUGUUUUUUUAGGUUAGCUUUGUAGCCCUUAUGUAAUUUUAUACUUAGCUAACGCCCUCAGGUGAUAAACUUUUUUUUAAUUAAUCUAUAAUUUUGUAAACUGUGUAUUUUAAUUGUAUAGCAAAGCAAUCCUAUAAACAAACGUAAAUAAAUACACACCUACACACUUAAAAACUCACUCACACACACAAACACCUAAACACUUUCUUAAUGUAUCUUUUUAAUUUAAUUUUGAUUUUCUCUACAAUCCUUUGGCAAAAGUUUGUAAAACAUCCAUCCAUUCCUCUCAAUUGAUAGCGGAGAGUGGCUUGGUGGUAAACUUUUGCCAAUGAGAGUGUAGUCGAAGAAUAAAAACCGAAAAACAACAAACAGAACUUGUCAUAAUUUAAUCUAUAACUAUCGAAUUAUAAUGAAAACAAAAAUAUGUAUGUACGUAUUUAAACAUUUAUGUAUGUAUGUAUUUUAAUUUUUUUUUUUUUUGAAAUAAAAACUUUUAACUAAUUUAUUUCUUCUAAAUAAUAAA